GCGUCCGUGAGCAAAGAUUUAGGAGCUCCUAGCGGGCCAUGCAGCCCUAUCCUGGCUUUGGUUGUGCCAAUGGCCAAUUGGGCUUUGGCCAAGCUGGCCAAGUUAUGUUCGGGGAUCCCUAUGCGCAGGGGCAGUGGAAUCAACAACAGGGGUACAGCGCCCCAGUGGCUAAUCUACAAGCUCCAGCGGUGCAGCAGACGGGAAGUCGGACAGGAAAAGGAAAGUCCAAAGGAAGCGGAAAUAGAGGAGGUAUGCAGCCAGCGAGUGGCUUUGGUGCUGCAGCCACUACGGAGGAGUCACUUUCUGGCUUUGAUGCCAUGUCAGCAGCUGCAAGCAGCUAUGUCAAGAAGGCCCCAAAGCAGGUGAAAGCUCCAGCAGAAAUGAAUGUGCCAAACUACGAGGAAAAGAACACCUAUCGCCUCAAAAACAACAUCCGUGCGUGGCAUACUGACGGCUCCACCAAGCAAGUUCCUGAUCCAUAUGGAAGCUAUUCAGAGGCCAAGCUCCCACGUGCGCUGCUUGACGCCUUCAAAAAAGCGAACUUUCAAGCGCCAACGCCCAUUCAGGCGCAGGUUUGGCCAAUAUUGGAUGCAGGAUGGGAUGUCAUUGGCAUAGCCAAGACAGGGUCUGGCAAAACGCUGGGCUUCUUGGUGCCAGCAUACCGGUGGAUGUGGUCGAGUCCUUCAAGUGGUGUCCGGACGCUGAUCUUAGCACCGACCCGGGAGCUUGCCACUCAAAUCCACGAUGAGGCUACAAAAUUUGCUUCAGCUUCUGGCUGUUCCAGUGCAUGUGUCUAUGGUGGCCAACCUAAAAAGGAGCAGCUGCCCGCAGUGCGCGCUGGCGCGCCAAUUUUGGUGGCAACUCCGGGGCGACUCAAUGACUUUCUGGAGUACAAGGACAUCCACUUGGGAGGUGUGGGAUAUGCGGUAUUCGAUGAGGCUGAUCGCAUGCUCGACAUGGGAUUUGAACCUCAAAUUCGCGACAUCAUGAAGAAAGUGCCAAAGAAUCGGCAAACGCUGAUGUUCAGCGCCACCUGGCCAGAAGAGGUGCAACAGCUAGCGCAUGACUUCCUCAACACGCCCAUACAUGUCCAAGUUGGCAACACUUCAGCUUUGUCGGCCAACGAAGACAUCAGCCAAGAGGUUUGGAUGUUGAACUCAGCUGAUGAGAAAGAUGGAGCCUUGGUCGAAGCUCUUCGACUCUACGGUGGCCCUGGUCAGAGAGUCCUUGUGUUUGUUGCUAUGAAGAAGCAAUGCGAUAUGGUCAUGCGAAUGCUUCGGAAAUGCAGUAUUGCUGCCAACACGAUGCACAGCGACAAGGACCAGGCGCAGCGAGAGGAAGCUUUACACCAGUUCAAGUCUGGUGAAACGAGUGUGUUGAUUGCCACAGAUGUGGCUGCUCGCGGGUUAGAUAUCAAAGGAGUCACCAUGGUGGUCAACUACGAUAGCGCGAACAGCGCGGAAGACCAUGUGCACCGGAUUGGAAGAACAGGCCGUGCUGGCCAAAAAGGCUACAGCAUCACUUUUCUGACAAAGUCAGGUGAAGAUGCUUGGAAGGCCAUCGACAUUGCAGAGGUCAUGAAGAAAGCUGGCUCGCCAGUGCCUCCUGAAAUGCAGCAGGUGGUAGACCAAAUGCUGUGGCGGAGGCAAAAAUCACAAGCCAACGACAAUCGUUGGGACCAUUUGCCGAAGGUGCUCAUGGUGGCAGAGAAGCCUUCCGUUGCCAAACUGAUCGCAGAGUUUCUGUCAGGUGGCCGCAUGCGAUUCCGCAAAGGUCAAAGCAGAGCAGUCCAAAUCUAUGAAUUCAACAGCUACUUUCCACCAGCUCAUCAACAAUGUCGGAUCAUGCAGACUUCGACAAUUGGACAUGUUUUUGGAUUGGAUUUUAAAGACAAUCGGCCAAAAGACAUCGCAGACUUGUUCCACGAUCCUUGUAAGAAAACCAUCGAAGAUAACACGGCCAAAAACCGCAUCGUCGAGCACUUUCAGGAACUUGCAGCUGAAGCGGAUUACUUGGCACUAUGGUUGGAUUGCGACAAAGAGGGCGAGAAUAUUUGCUUCGAGGUGAUUUCCCUUUGUGAAAACAUUCCGAAGGAGAAUAUCUAUAGGGCCCAGUUUUCUGCACUCACAGAGCCAGAGCUCAAAGGUGCGUUCAACAACCUGGGCAGACCAGAUAAGUUGCAAGCGCAAUCCGUUGACGCACGACAGGAGCUUGACCUGAAGAUUGGCUGUAUUUUCACUCGCUUGAUGACGCGGCAAUAUUUGCGGUAUGCCGUGGACAAGUUCCGCUUGCGAGACCAGACUUGUCUGUCCUAUGGUCCAUGUCAGACACCAACGCUAUGGUUUUGUGUGGAGCGUCACAAAGAAAUCCAAAGUUUCCAGAGGCAAGAGUUCUUCAAGCCGAAAGCUUCCAUCACCCUGGAUGGAUGGCCUUUGGAAUUUGAUUGGCUGGAAGGACAAACCUUCGAUAAAGGCCGAAUCCAGUCCUUGCAAUCUCGCUCGGGCUCUGCCAAGCAGGCGGUAGUCCAAGAUCUCAGGUCUACAAUGAAAACAUUGAAGAAACCUGUAGGCCUCAAUACUGUGCAGUUGCUCAAGGCUGCCAGCACUGGACUUGGUAUGUCACCUGUUCAGUGCAUGAAGGUGGCUGAGCACUUGUAUACUUCGGGCUACAUCUCCUACCCCCGUACCGAGACUACCAGGUACUCUGACACUUUUGAUCUUCAUGCCGCACUGCGAGAGCAGGCCGACCAUCCAGCUUGGGGGAAGACCGUCAGUCAUUUACUGAGACAAGGGCAGAUCCGAAACCCGAAGACUGGGCGAGAUGUCGGUGAUCAUCCUCCAAUCACUCCGAUGAAAGCGGCUCCCAGGGAUGAAUUCAGCAAAGGCUCUGAAUGGAGGUUGUACGACUACAUUACUCGGCACUUCAUUUCAUCCUUGAUGCCAGAUGUCCAAUAUGAAGAGAAGGCACUCAUCGUGAAAGUAGCAGGAGAAGACUUUUGCUAUACCUACCACGAGAUGCGGGAAAGGGGGUUCCUCUUUGCCAUGCCGUGGAAAACCAAAGAUUUGCACUUGAACGAGAUCGAUUGGCAAAUGCCACGAUUAUCAGCUGGCACAAGCCUUGCCGUUCAGGAAGUUUGGGUUGAGAGUGACUUUACCAAACCGCCAGACUAUUUGAAAGAAAGUGAAUUGGUAGCAUUAAUGGACAAGCACGGCAUCGGCACUGACGCAUCCAUUCCACAGCAUGUUGAGAACAUUUGCAAUCGCAACUAUGUGAUGGUUUGUGGACCAGGGGAAGACGGUCAAAGGGGGGAACGCAUCCCUAAAGGAGGCAAGAAAGGCAAGGGCAAAGGAAAAGGAAAGGAAGGCAAAUCACAAGGUGAGAAGCCUCAAUCACGACACAUGGCUCGCAUAAAGUGGUGGCCGCGCCUUUCGCGCUUCCGGGACAAAGCUCUCCUGCAGGUUCCAACUGCUUUGGGUUUGAGCUUUUGUGCAGCCUUUGAGGAGCUUGAUGGUGAACUCUGCCGUCCACCAAUCCGCGCUUAUAUGGAGAAACAAUGCGCCCAAGUUGCAGAAGGCAUUCUUGAAAAGGAGGAUGUGGUGAAUGAAAACAUCAAACUGUUUGAGACAAAGUUCCAAAGCUUCAGGAAUCGCAUAAGUCAGUUGGACAAGUUCUUCGUCUCCAAGGAUCAGAUAGCAAAUACCAUGGGCUACAGAGGUGGCGGAGCAGACUGGGGGUCAGGCGGCUGGAGCAGCAACGGCUGGAGCAAUGGCUGGGGCGGAACAACUCGUUCCGACGGCGGUCGAGCCUGGAAGAGUCAGAAUGGUCGUGGCAAGAACUGAAGCGUUUUUCGUGAAAAGGAAGCGAGAAGUCUUCGAGUCACUGCGAGUCACUGCGAAGCUUUUUUUUGUGCAGAGAAAACAUGAAGCAAUGGCCUCCAAUCUACUUUCGAUGGCCUCCAACCUACUAGCAUCCUUGCUACCAGAAAUGCCCUUGUUACUAACUAGUAGCUUCUUGUUCCUAGUAGUAUUGCCAGGAGCUACUAGUAGCUGAGAAGUGCAGAAGAUUGCAGAAGCUGCC